AUGAAACAAGUAGCAAUAACAGUAGGUAUUGGAAUGGAUAUCAUCAAUUGUAGAAGGUUUGAUCGUUUGCUUUCAUUGAAAGGAUCGUCGUUUGCAUCAAGGCUUUCUAAAAGAUUGCUCCAUCCAAUCCAUGAGCUACCACGAUUCGAAUCCAUAGCAACAAAUUCGCAGAGGGUACAGUUCAUAUCUGGAUCUUGGGCUGCUAAGGAGGCCGUCUUUAAGACGCUUGAUUCUGAGUCUCAGAAAUUGUUUCUGUUUAAGGAAUGGUACAAAUCUAAUGAUAAACGUGGCAAGCCCUUUAUCUCGAGUGAUAAAUACGAUUCCGAAGAUGAGCAGUUCCUUUUGACCAUAACACAUGAUGCUGAUUUCGUGGCUGCGACUGUUUUGCGACAGCGAAUUAUCGAUUUGACCUCGUCACUCUAA